AUGGCUUCAGGAACCUCCCCAUUUGAUCUUUCCAAAUGCGCCCGGCCCAACAUCUUGCAAUUACAGCCGUACCGAUGCGCCAGAGAUGACUACAAAGAUGAUGGGACGAACGUUCUCUUGGAUGCCAAUGAGAAUGCCUAUGGCCCUGGCCUUGCAUUGAACAAGGAAGGUGCAUUGGGCGACACUUCUAAGUCUGAGAUCGACCUUCUGGGCCUAAAUCGAUACCCCGACCCUCACCAAAUCGAAUUGAAGCAGCUCUUCUGCAACCUCCGUAAUACCCACCACCACACACCAAAGACCCUCCGUCCGGAAAACCUCUUCGUCGGUGUUGGAUCGGACGAGGCCAUCGACGCCCUGCUACGAUGCUUUUGCGUGCCAGGCAAGGACAAGAUCUUGACCUGCCCGCCGACCUACGGAAUGUACAGUGUGAGCGCACAGAUUAACGAUCUCGAGAUCGUCAAGGUGCCGCUAAAUGUGGACGACGGCUUCAGCCUACAACCCGAGAAGGUGAACGAGACACUAUCAGCUGACCCAUCGAUCAAGUUGGCCUACAUUUGCUCGCCCGGCAACCCAACCGCGAAUUUGAUCCGCAAGGAAGAUAUUCGCAAAGUGCUCGAGCACCCUACGUGGAACGGCGUGGUCGUGGUGGACGAGGCAUACAUUGACUUUGCCCCGGAGGGCUCCAGUCUCGCUGAGUGGGUGAACGAAUGGCCGAAUCUCGUAGUCAUGCAGACUCUGAGCAAAGCCUUCGGUCUCGCGGGUAUCCGACUAGGAGUUGCUUUUACCAGUCCCGAGAUUGCUCUACUACUGAACAGCUUGAAGGCGCCGUACAAUAUCUCCAGCCCAACCAGCGCGCUGGCCAGCGCCGCCCUCACAGACCCUCACAUGGCGGUCAUGCAGCAAUACCGCGAUCAAAUUGUCGAUCAACGAGCCCGCCUAGUCCGUGAGCUGCCUCAAAUUUCGGGAGUGGGGCGGUUCCUAGGGGGUUAUGAUGCAAAUUUCUUGCUUGUAGAGAUGAAGGAUGCCGAGGGUCGACCGAGCAACGCUACAGCUCUAGCUGUGUACGAGGCCAUGGCAGAGAAGCGUGGGGUCGUAGUACGAUUCCGUGGUAAGGAGUACGGGUGUGAGGGUUGUUUGCGCAUAACAGUCGGCACUGAGUCAGAGGUUGACAAACUAUUGGCGGAGCUCCGUGCCGUUUUGGCUGCUGUGCAUGCAGGAUCUAGCAUAUAG